CGGAGCUCAACGGCAACUAGUGUUCGUCACCUCACUGGAAUAGGCGAGUCGACUCAGUUUGAGGACACAAAGCGAAGUGAAUUCUGAUAGUUUGUUGGGCAACAAACUUAAAAUGAGUUACGGCAGGCCUCCACCCGACGUAGAAGGCAUGACAUCGUUAAAAGUGGAUAAUUUAACGUACCGCACGUCGCCGGAAACGCUGCGGCGCGUCUUUGAAAAGUACGGCCGAGUUGGGGACGUUUAUAUUCCCCGAGAUCGAUACACGAAAGAGAGCCGGGGGUUCGCCUUCGUGCGCUUUCACGACAAUCGGGAUGCCGAGGACGCGAUGGACGCGAUGGAUGGGGCGAUUCUGGACGGGCGAGAGCUCCGGGUUCAGAUGGCCCGUUACGGCAGGCCGCCAGACUCCUACUACGGCGGGCGUCGCGGCGGGGGAGCCGCCAGAAGACACGGAGGACACGGCCGCCGCAGCCGGAGUCCAAAGCGCCGGCGACGCAGCCGCUCCAGAAGCAGGAGCCGCUCUCGUUCCCGCAGCCGUUCCCGUUACAGCAGGUCGAGGUCCCGCUCCAUUUCCCGCUCUCGCUCCAAGUCACACACUCCCCGCAAGAGGAAGUCCAAGUCUCCUUCCAGGUCUAGGUCACGUUCUCGAUCCAAAUCCAGGUCCCGUUCCAGAAGCCGCACGCCUGCAUCGAACAGAGGGUCCAGGUCCAGAUCUAAAAGCCAGCCAAAGUCUGCAGGGGAAGAAGGACCGGCAUCAUCCUAAAACGCUUCAGUGGUAAGAAAACGUGACCCCGGACAAUGAUGUGCUGGAAUGCAUUUGCUUAUUCUUUGCAGAUGCAUCGCAUUGGUAAAAAUGCUGCAGCAUUUGACAAUGCUGUUGAACUCAAUGUGGAAUUGUUUCCUCCAAGCUGCUGAAUCCAGUAUGGCAAUGUAAAAGCAGAGCUGUGUUGAGCUGUUAGAGGUGUGCCUGCUCCUGUUGGGGUUGCUUUGAAGCAGAUGGGUGUUUUGGUGGUGCUGAGGUCCGUCUCGUCAUGGGGCGAUUGUAAAUGCGUGACCUCGGUUGGAGCCUGAGGAACCCCGGAUUGAAAACCCUGAAAUCUACACAAAGGCUACAUGGGCCUAAAGGCGCAGUUGUCUAGCUGUUGAGUUUUGCUGGUUAGCUGUUAAGGUCCGGUGUUGCAGUGCUGAGUGCUUGGCUGUUUCCGGUUUUCUCCAGUUUGCUGCUGUUGCAGGUGUGGGUCGAGGUCAAGCAGCAUCUGCACAAUAAAAAAUUCGGUGGCCAAAGCGCUGUCGUCUGUCAAAUUGUGUUACAAAGUUUGGAAAGUUGGGAGUAUCUUAAACUGUACCGAUCAACUUUGUUCUGUCCUGGAUCUUCAAUAAAUCAGUUAUUAAAUGCUUC